AGACUCAGCAAAAAUAUAAUGCUGAGCUGACUUUAAACAUAAUACAUAACUCACAGACUCAUUGCAUGAUUUAAGAUAAUCAGAAUAGGUCAUAUGGUAUAGUUUUUAAAAAAAGGUUCAAAAAGGUUUUUACACUGUUGUGUUACGUUCUACGGACUGAUAAUAUCCAUUCAGUGGCAGCUUUCCUGCGGUUUGGCUUGCAGAAGUGUUUAUUUUCAGCAGCCACUAGCACCGCAAGAGGAGAGAGAUCUUCUCUGCUGCGCAGCAGAGAUUAAUUGAGCAAGAGAAACACAUUUGGGAGGGGGCAGAGGGAGGGAACUGGUGUGAUAGAGGAAGGACGAGUUGGCCUUAAUGGUGACAGAGGUGUGGUUUGCGAGAAUGUUUGAGGAGACCUACAGAGGCUGAACUGUGCAGUGACAGGAGACAUCUGUAUGUGUCCAUUCUGGUGAAAGUUGUUGGUGAAUUUCCUGCCUGUGUGUGAGUGUGUGAGGGACCAUGCCGGGUCUUGGCAACAGCUUGUCGUUGCGACGCGGCCUCACCUUUGCUACAGGUCUGGUGGAGUGUCUGUGUUUCGCUGGAGCCGUGUUCGGAUGGGCUUCGCUUGUUUUUAUCCUGAAGACCGAGGGCUACUUCAGCUCUCGAUGCGUCAACACCACAGGAGUCAAUGCAACGCAGGUCUUAGACUGCAGUGGACAGGACGAACAGUUCUCUCUUGUUUUCACCAUCGCCUCCUUCAUGAACAAUUUCCUGACGCUGCCUAAUGGCUUCCUCUUUGACUGGUUUGGUACUACAGUGGCUCGGCUCUUUGGAAUAUUUCUGUACACCAUGGGUACUUUGAUGGUGGCCUUCUCGACUGCAGCUUCAUCCAACCUGCUGUUCCCAGCUCUCUCCGUCCUGUCAGCAGGUGGCAUCUUGUUUCUAAUAACAAACAUGCAGGUAGGAAACCUGUUUGGCUCACAUCGCUCCACCAUCAUCACUCUCUAUAACGGGGCUUUCGACUCUUCGUCAGCUCUCUUCCUUGUCAUCAAGCUGUUACACGAGUCUGGCGUCUCUCUCCGCUCCUCUUUCCUCUUCCUGUCCGCCUGCAGCAUCAUUCACCUCCUCAGGACUUUCUUCCUGAUGCCCAGACACCACAUUCCCUACCCGCUGCCUGAUGACUACACAUACGGGAUGACCUGUGGUAAAUCAAAGACUCUGAGCUUAGAGACAAACGGUAACGCACCGACAGCGACGGAGGAACUGCACCUCAACAAGAACGUCACUGUGCAACAAGAGAAGAGUUUCCGUGAGUGUUUGAUGUCCAGGUUCUUCGUGUUGCAGCUGCUUUGGUUAUCGAUUAUGCAGCUCAGACAUUACCUCUUCAUCGGCACCCUCAACCCCAUGCUGCAGCGGCUGACGGCGGGGGAGCCGUCACUGGUGAGCCAGUACAUCAAUGCCUUUGCUAUAACGCAGCUGUGUGGUGUGCUGUGUGCUCCCUGGAACGGCCUCAUCAUGGACAGACAUAAGGGCAAACCUCGUGCUGCAGGAGAGAGUGAACAGGAAGCAGACCUGCGGGCCUCGGUGCUUUCUCUCUUCCUGACGGCGCUCCAGUGUCUGCUGUUUUCAAUUUGUGCCUCCAUCCCGUACCUGCCGCUUCAGUAUUUAACCUUCAUCCUGCAGGUGCUCAACCGCUCCUUCCUCUACGGCGGCAACGCAGCCUUCAUCAGUGUGGCGUGAGAACAAAACACACAAAUACACACAGCACACACGUCUUUUAGGGACUACACUUCAGUAUUCUUGUAUCUGCCUACAAUGACAUCGUAACAUGUUUUAUUAUUUGUGUGUGUGUGUGUGUGUGUGUGUGUGUGUGUAGUUUCCCAUCAUGCCACUUUGGGAAGCUGUAU